AGAGGAUUGUGAAUCUCUAUGGGAGUUGGCACAGUGUGAUGGGGUUAAAGGACCAGAGAAACUCAGAAAAGAUCUCAAAGCUGCUAGAUUGUAUAGAGAGCAUGACUGAACCCUAUUCUCUUCAGAUGUAUAUGAGAGCUCCAGAGAAAAGAGUCAGACGUGAACUAGAGGAGAAACUGAGAGUGAGAGACAAUGAAAUCAAAGAGUUACAGAAGAAGAUCAAGACACUGGAUCCAGAGUGUGUGAAGCUGAAUCUGGUUGUGUGUGGAAGUAACAGAGAAUUAAAAGCCUUCAUAUCAAACCUGAUCCUGAAUCAGAGCGAGAGAAGAUCAGAGCUCAGCUCAGAGUGUGUGAGGAGAGACGUGCAGCUUCAUGGACGUCUGAUCAGUCUGGUGGAGCUUCCAGCUCUGUUCAACACUCAGCUCUCAGAGGAGGAAGUGAUGCGUCAGACUCACCGCUGUGUGUCUCUCUGUCAUCCGGGAGUUCAUGUUUUCAUCUUCAUCAUUCCUGAUGCUCCACUUAAUAAUGAAGACAGAGCAGAAAUAGAGGAGAUCCAGAGGAUAUUCAGCUCAAGAAUCAACAAACACAUCAUGAUCCUCAUAAAGCAGAAUUCAGAGCAUCAGACAGAAAAACUAAAUGAAGAAACACAGUCUGUCAUUCAGAGUUUUGGAGGACGACAUCAUUUCAUUGGGCCAAACACACAAGUGUCUGUGCUGAUGGAGAAACUGGAGCAGAUGGUUGAGGAAAAUAGUGGUGUUUGUUUCUCCACAGAGACAUUGAUGGAGACACAGAUGGAAAAACUGAAGGAAUUAGAAGAAAUGAAGAGGAAAAUCCAUCCAUUAGAGACAUGGUUUCAGUCACAAGAUUCAAGAGAAAGAGAAGAUGAAUUGAGGAUUGUGCUGCUGGGGAAAACUGGAGCUGGGAAGAGUUCAACUGGAAACACCAUCUUAGGAAGAAAAGUGUUUAUAUCAGUUAUUUCUCAAAAAUCUGUUACUAAAGUGUGUAAGAGAGAAACAGCUGAAAUCAACUGCAGACACAUUACUGUGAUCGACACUCCAGGACUGUUUGAUACUGAUCUGACUAAUGAGGAGAUCCAGAGAGAAAUCACUAACUGCAUCUCAAUGACUCUGCCUGGACCACAUGUGUUUCUCUUACUGAUUCCACUGGGACGAUUCACUGAAGAAGAAGCAAAAUCAGUGAAGAUCAUCCAAGAGAUGUUUGGUGAAAACUCUUUAAUGUACACCAUAGUGCUAUUUACUAAUGGAGACAAACUGAAGAACAAGACCAUUGAACAGUUUCUGGAUGAACCUGGAUCUGCCCUUAAAAAACUGACUGAAUCGUGUGGAAACAGAUUCCAUGUGUUUAAUAAUCAGACUGGAGAACAAACACAGGUGACUGAUCUACAGCAGAAGAUAGACAACAUGGUAAAAACAAACGGAGGGAGUUACUACUCAUGUAAGAUGUUCAGAGAGAUGGAAAGAGAAAAACAAGAACAACAGAAAAAGAUACUGAUGGAGAAAGUGGAGCAAGUGAACAGAGAAAAAGAAGAACUGAUGAACAAACAUGAAGAAGAGAAAAAAAUGUUGAAGAUUAACAUCGAGAAAGAAAGACAGAAUUAUGACAAAGAGAGAAAGAGAAGAGAAGAAGAAUUUAUUGAGAGAGAAGAACAAUAUAAAAGAGACAUUAAAGACAUGGAGGAAGAAAAGAGACAGAUACAAGAGGAGCUGAAGAAACAGAAACAACAGGAAAGACAAAGAGAAGAAGAGGAGGAGAAAUGGAGAAAGAAAGAACAGGAAAUAGAAGAAGAGGAUGAGAGAAGGCGAAAGAUAGACAAAGAAAAAUGGGAUGAAUAUUAUCAGAAACUUGAACAAGAGAUAGAGAAAAUGAACAGGAAGAUGGAGGAAGAAAGAGAUAAUCAUGAUAAAGAGAGAAAGAGAAGAACAACAUAAAAGAGUCAUUAAAGAGAGGACUAAGAAAGAAAGAUAUGAGAGGAGCUAUAACAGAGUAUGAGAAAAAGACAGAAAGAGAAGCAACAGGAAAAAAACGGAGCAAGAAAGGAAAUGCAGUGUGGGAUUAAUAUAAUCAGAAAGAGGAGAGAGAAAGAUCUUCAGUUCAAACAUCAAGAUUAAAAAGAAUGCUUAAGUUGUGUUUUUUAAUGCACUUACCA